CAGGGAGGGAGGUAAUCCACGUCUGGAUCAUUGGGCAGACCUCGCUGAACGCGUGCGCGCACACUGAGUGGAAGCAAGAACAAGUUCCUUCGGCGCAAAGUUUUCCCCUCAGAAAGUCAAAAUGGCCAAAUAUAAGCCCUGGGUGCUGUGGUGCUUUAUUUUGAUCGGUUUUAUUUGCAUCGUUACGCUCUUGUGCCUGUGCUUCACCUCGUUUCUGGACGUAAGAUGUUCCAGCGGCAGCUUCAAGCAAGCGGCGGUGGCCGCAGACUCUCAGAUUUGCUCGGAGAUUGGCAGGAAUAUGCUUCAGCAGGGUGGAUCAGCAGUAGAUGGCGCCAUUGCAGCUCUUCUGUGCACAUCUGUGGUCAAUCCUCAGAGCAUGGGGAUUGGAGGGGGCUCUAUAAUAACUAUAAGAGAUAAGAAAGGCAACAUUAAAGUCUACAACUUCAGAGAAACUGUCCCACGGUCAUUCAGACAGAACCUGUUAAAGGAGUGUCCCACUUCCUUCAGUUUUUCCACAGGCAGCCAGUGGAUCGGUGUUCCCGGAGAGCUGCGAGGCUAUGAGGCAAUUCACAAACAGUACGGGAAGCUGCCCUGGGCAAGGCUAUUUGAACCAACAAUUAAACUGGCUAGGGAGGGCAUCCCUCUGUCACCCUAUCUCGGAGAAAUCGUGUCUUUUGUGAAAACAAACAUACAAACAUCAUCUCUCUGUGAAAUUUUUUGCCACAAGAACAAAACUGUUCUGAGCACAGGCGACAUCGUAAAGUUUUCCAAACUUGCAGAAACCAUGGAAACCAUUGCAGAGAAAGGAGCAGAGGAUUUCUACUCUGGCAAGAUAGGGCAUGACUUAAUCCAAGACAUAACAGCUGCAGGUGGGACCUUGACUAUAGAGGAUUUGAGGUCAUUCCAGGUGCAGGUCCAAGAUGCUUGGACUGUUCCUUUGGGAGAUGCUAACCUCUACAUCCCUCCACCCCCUGCUGGAGGCGCCCUGCUUGCCUUCAUUCUCAAACUCAUGGAAGUAUAUUUUCUCACUUUAAACAUUUGACAUGUGUUCUGCUGUGAACAAAAUGUGGGUUUAUGACAUCUUUUGAAACAUUUUAUAAAGCAUCCCAACUUUUAGGAUGGGGUUUCUACAUCUCAAACCAGUAAUAUCUGGGAUAUCUUAGAAAUGUUUAAUGAUGCUCUCUUUUAGUCUGCAGAACACUUGAUUGAUCCCACCUUCAUUGAUCGCAUCAGGAAGAUGAUUUCUUCAAACAUGACCCAUGACAACUCUUACUACAACGUCACACCUUCUUCAGAUCACACUGGGACGACACACGUGUCUGUCCUGGAUGAAGAUGGCCUGGCCGUCUCUGCCACAAGCACCAUAAACCAAGUAUUUGGAGGAAUGAUUUACUCUCCACGUACAGGCAUCAUCCUCAACAAUGAGCUGGCUGACUUUUGCGGGAGAGCAGACACACUGAGGGCAGGCGAACGACCUCCAUCCUAAAUGAGUCCAGUGAUACUGGAGUCAAAGUCUGGAGGUCUUCUUAUAAUUGGUGGAUCGGGAGGAAGCCUGAUUACGCCGGCAAUGGCCUUGUCUAUAAUAAAUCACCAGUGGCUGGGGAUGAGCUUGAAAGAUGCCAUUACUGAGCACAUAAUCUUCAUCGACUCAAAGAACAACGUAAAUUUUGAACCUCGUUUUGAUGAGUCUGUGUCAAAAGGCCUAAAGGAACAGCUUAAACACAAAACCGGGAACUGGCAAUACUUUCUCAAUGUGGUUAAUGCUGUGGAAAAGGAGAACAACUGCAUUGCUGCUGUGUCUGACAGCAGGAAGAUGGGAAUGUCAGCUGGAUACUGACCACAAGGAUGCGUGACCUUUCCACUUAUCUCUGCCCUUUAGACUAACUGACCCUUCAGCAUUAAAAGUAACCAUAUGUGCUGAAACACUGACAAAUAAAAGGUGAACAAUGGUAAAUGGUAAAUGGUAAAUGGCCUGUAUUUGUAUAGCGCUUUUACUAGUCCCGCCUAGGGACCCCAAAGCGCUUUACACGUCCAGUCAUCCACCCAUUCACUCUCAAAAGGUGCUGUGGCUCCAUCCAGCUGGACCAAUCAGGAAACUACUCACCUUAGAGGAUAACUCCAAUUUAUAAUUGCUUCAAAUCCAAUCACAGGCUAUAGAAACCCAAUUUAUGUUGAGGUGAAAUCUGCACUAAAUAUAUAAAUAUAAGGGUGUUUAAAUUUCUAUUCAUCAACUACAUCUAUGUAGAUAUUAGGAAAUAGGCACACCCAGGUGGAGUUUGUUUCCAGUCGAGCACCAUUGAGCUAUUGCAGAAAAGUGCCCUGAGAUGAUGUAAUAAAUGUGACACACCGUUUCCAGUGAACUUUGCUUUCAUCCAUGUGUCAACCUUUCUACCUUCAGCGGGUGUUGACAAGUUUCUGUAUGUUUCUUUUUUUUAUGCAGUCAUUGAAAAUUCCCAUAAAAACAAUGAGAUAAGAAAAUACAGUCGCUGUGUGUACCGGGAGCAUGCACACCCACAGAAAGUUCAGGACAAUAUUCAGCUAGGAAAGCGGUCUCUAAAGUGUUGUGAAUGUUUGAAAUGCUCCGUCUUAAGUACAUACGCACUUGUUCGUUUUUAUGGCACUAGCCUCGAUGACAGUAGUCAAAGAGGACGAUGGCUUUUAUUGGUUUGUCAAAGUUUCUGUCACAAAAUUCAGCCGACCACACUGACUGUUUGAAAACUGCUUUUGGUCGACUGCGCGGGCCGCCUGCCUCGUCAGAGCUACUUUUAGUGUUGCCUACGUGUGCUCAGCAAGAGUAGGGGGCUAAACUGAAAUGUUAAUAUCUGACCAACGGAUACACAAAUGAUCACUCCAGCCACAAAGGUGCUCGUAUUUGAUUUCAUGCACUGUUGGAGAAAUGUGCACUGAGUGUGUCUGCUAAAUCAGUUAUUGAAACAUGUAAUUCUUUGUAAGAAAUAUUAACUCAAGAUGAGCCAUAUAACCUUUUUAAAGUGACAUCCUGGCAGCUUCCUUAACAAGGAACUUUUACUGUGACCUUAAAGGUGUUACUCUAUGUGAAAUAACCUAAUCCAAAAAAAGCCUCCCCCAAAAAUGUACUUUAUAUAUUUUAA